AUAAUCACCAUGGCCGCUACGUGUGGAUACGAUCGCGGAUUCAUAGGUGGCUGUUUGCCUGGAGAUGGGGUACCAGACAUGACUGUGAUCAGUGACAUUGAUGAACAAGGCAUCAACACGAAUCUCAAGACACGGUACCGGAAAGACCACAUUUAUACAUAUACAGGCACAAUUUUGGUUGCUGUGAAUCCGUACAAAGAAUUACCCAUUUAUGAAACUAGCUGGGUAUUGCAAUAUAGUGGCAAAAAAAUUGGUCAACAGGAUCCACAUGUCUUUGCAAUUGCUGAAGCUGCUUAUAAUAGUCUACAAACAUUAAAUACAAACCAAGCAUGUGUAAUAAGUGGUGAGAGUGGUGCGGGAAAGACAGAAACAACAAAAUUUAUCUUGCAAUAUCUCUGCACAGUAACAACGAAUGUUUCAACAUGGAUUGAACAGCAAAUUUUAGAAGCGAAUACUAUUUUGGAGGCUUUUGGUAAUGCAAAGACAGUCAGAAAUGACAAUUCCAGUCGAUUUGGGAAAUUCAUUCAAGUAUGCUUUGACUCUAGGUACCAGAUCAAAGGCUGCAUUAUUCAGGACUAUCUCCUUGAGCAAUCUCGCAUAACGUUUCAGUCGCGUGGUGAGAGGAACUAUCAUGUUUUCUACCAGCUUGUGGCUGGUGCUCAGCGAAACAGGGACUUGAGGGAACAGUUCAUGAUUGGGACUGCUGAAUCUUAUACAUACCUCAACCAAAGUAGCUGUUUCAAAAUCGAAGGUGUGGAGGAUGCUUCUAUGUUCGAUGCUCUCCGACUCGCUAUGUCCGUUCUGAACGUUCCCACGGAGAUGUGUGAUGGUAUAUUUAGUGUGUUGAGUUCCAUCCUCUGGCUUGGAAAUUUGAAUUUUCAAGAUGUGGAUGGCGAAAAAUGCAGCUUAACCACCGAUGAUGAAGAGAUCAUUAUGACUGUGGCCACACUUCUGGGUUUGCCACCAGAAGACUUAACUCAGGUUUCCCUCCAAAGGCAGAUAAAUGUCCGAGGCAAUGUCACUGAAAUUCCCUUGAAAAUCAGUGAAGCGAGAGAAAAUAGACAUGCCAUGGCAAAAGCUCUUUACUCUCGAACAUUUGCUUGGAUUGUAAAUUAUAUUAAUACUUGCACAAAUCCUGGUCAAGACAGCGAAAGAUUUCUUGGCGUUCUUGAUAUAUUUGGUUUUGAAAACUUUGAUGUAAAUAGCUUUGAACAACUUUGCAUAAACUACACAAAUGAAAAACUUCACAAAUUUUUUAACCAUUAUGUGUUUGCACUUGAACAAGAAAUAUACCAUGAAGAAGGUAUAGUUUAUUCUCAUAUUACAUUUACAGAUAACACCCCAUGCCUUGAACUUUUGGAAAAACCUCCUAAAUGUGUUCUGAGGUUACUUUCUGAAGAAUGUAGGAUGCCUGGUGGUACAGAUUUAACUUAUGUAACUAAGCUGCAUCAAGAGUUUGAUGGACACGAAAACUAUAUCAAAGGAGAAGACAGACGACGAUGGGAAUCCGAGUUUGGAAUUGUACAUUAUGCAGGUGCUGUUGUUUACAAUAUUGAAGGAUUUUUAGAAAAGAACAAAGAUGUUCAACAGGAUCAGUUUUUUGAGCUCAUGCAGAAAUCCUGUAAUUCUUUCGUUCAAGAGCUUACAAAAUUUCAGGAUUUAUUAAGUGUUACUGUAAACAGGCUUAAAACAGCUGCUACAAUAUCACGAACAAUGACAAAAGGCAAACCCACCGUAGCUGAUGCAUUUCGUCAUCAACUAACUGCACUAGUGGAUCUUUUGCAUUCAACAAAUCCAUGGUACGUUCGAUGUAUAAAACCAAAUACAAAAAAAGCUGCUAAUAACUAUGAUGAAAAUCAAGUUUUGACACAGCUUCGCUAUUUGGGAAUGUUAGAUAUAAUUAGAAUCAGGCGAGAGGGGUUUCCUAUUCAUACAACAUUUAUGGAAUUCCUUCUAAGGUAUAGGUGUUUAGUGAGAAAAAAGAAAUUACCAGACACUCCUGUGCAAGCUGUACGUGCCAUUCUGUCAAUGAUGAAUUUUCCUACAACUGAAUGGCAAAUAGGAAAAACAAAGGUGUUUUUAAGAGGAAGCAUAUAUGAACCACUUGAAGAUCAAAGAAAAACUUUGAUGGUUGAAAUGUCCAUAAUUGUACAAAAAGUGUGGAGAGGUUAUGUUUGUAGAAAAUAUUUUAGAAGGCAUAGAGAUGCAGCCAUUACAAUUCAGAGGUACUUCCGUGGUCAUUUUCAAAGGAUACAUUACAUGCAUAUGCGAAGGGCUUCUAUUACUAUUCAGGCUUACGUUCGAGGAAUGUUUGCUAGGGAGGUUGCAUCAGCUCUUAGGGAAAUGCGAAAAGUUGAAGAAGAAAUGAGAAGAAAAGAACAAGAAGAAGAAGAAAGGAAGAGACAAGAACAAGAAAGGCUGGAAAUGGAAGAACAAGAACGCGCUGCUCUAGAAGAAUCCAUUAUCCGGCAACUGGAAGAAGAUGGAGGGGCUACUCAAAAAGAAAUUGCUGCAAUUGCCUCUCUGGUUGAGCACAAUGUAAAACGUGCUCAGGAAACUUCUGAAUGCUUAGACUUGGAUGAAAUGUUUUCGUUUCUUAGUGAUGUACAAGAGUCUAAAUCAAACGUUCAGGAAUUUGUUUCUGAAAUUGGUCAGCAAAUGGAAGCCCUACUUCAAGAUGUUGAAGAUGAGGAUGAGGUAUCAGCAGAUGUCCAAGCGAGGACUCCUGAGGCUUCGCCUAGUCCUCUGCCACCUCCAUGUUCUAGUCCUCUUACAUCUGCCUCAUAUUCACCUCCAAGAUCUCCCGUCACUGCAGUUGAACAUCGGGAUUCACCGUCACCAUUGCCACCUCCUAUGUCACCUGUGGGUCUAGUCAACGGAGAUAUUCACAAAUCCCCAUCAGCAUCUAAGAAAACUGUUCAAUCUCCAUCUUCACAGGGUGUUGUUUUUCGCGAGAGACACACGUCUGGUCGGGCAACUCCAGAAGCAAUGGAUUACCAAGCCAAAGGAACAAAACGUUUGCACAUUGUUGAUCCUGAUAAUCCUGAAAGAGAGUUGAGGAGAAAGCAACGUGUUGAAAAGAGACUGAUUGAGAGAGAAGCUGAAGAUAAAGUUAACGGUGAUGAUGAUGAGAAUUAUUUUGACAUGAUUGAGUUUGCCGAAAAAUAUUUCAAUUGUCAUAUGAGAGACACUGGAGGAACAAUAAUUAGAACGCUUACAAGAAAACGCAUGUCAUCUGGUGAUAUGAUUCCUAAAUAUGAAAUGGUGACUUUUACUAGAAACAGCUCAAUAUCAACAUCCCAUGUUCAUAUGUAUGAUCCUGAAAAUAUCCAACUUGCCUGUACUAUUUUCAAAGAGCUAUGUCGAUAUCUCCGUGGUGACCUCAAGACUGAAGGCGAAGUCCAAGCUAUUCAGUCAAUUGUUGGUUAUGGCAUUGAAAGAGAAGAGCUGCGAGAUGAAAUUUUAGUACAACUGGUGCGACAGUCAACGAAUAAUCCAUGCCGAGAAGCAACCCUUCGAGCAUGGCUACUAAUAUGCUUGAGUGUGGUUGCAUUUUAUCCCAGCAAAACAUUUAAUAAGUAUUUCAAUAGUUUCCUACGCAAGAACCUCAGAGAGGAUACUACAAUUGCAAGGUAUGCUCAAUGGUGCCUUGAUCACGUCCAUAGCACUAAAGUUACACCGCGAAAGAUGCCUCCUUCAUCAUUAGAAAUUAGUGCUGUUAGAAAUUUAGGUAAUUUAGUUUGUCGAUUCUACUUUAUGGAUGGACGAACAAAAGCCAUUGAUGUUCAACCAUCCGAUACUGCAAUGGAUGCUAUGCAACAACUAGCUAUAAAGACUGGUUUAAGAAGCCUUGAUGGCUGGGCUUUAUAUGAGAGUACACCUGAAUAUGAGCAUGUAAUAAAAGGCUAUGAAUAUUUGUCAGAUAUCAUAACUAACUGGGAAUUCUGUCGAAGAAGUUCAGCUACUUUUAGUAAAUACAACACAUUGUCUCGGCGAGGUCCUACUCUUGCCUUGGGUGGAGGAGAGUGUCGAUUUUUAUUCAGAAAAAGGCUUUUCCGAAAUCCAAGGGAAAUUCCUCAAGAUCCUGUGGAAGUGAAUUUGUUAUUCGCACAAGCUGUCCAUGGUAUCGUAAAGGCUGAUGAAUAUCCAAUCAACGAAAGAGUUGCUCUUCAGCUUGCUGGCUUACAAGCUCAAGUUUUAUUGGGAGAGCCUCAAGAAGCAAAAGUUGAGAGGUAUGCUGAAGUUGGCAAUUUCCUGUGCAAUAGGAUACGAAAAGCACGAAGAGAUAUGGAUUGGAUACCAGAUUUGUCUGAAGCUCAUAAGAUUUAUGGAAGUGGUAAAUCUGAACUUGUUGCAAAAGUCUGGUACUUGUCUGUUGUGAUGCAAUAUCCUUUAUAUGGUACAACACUCUUUCCAGUUACUUACAAAGGCUAUCUCUCCUAUGGUCACAAGCUGUAUCUUGGUGUCAGUGCGGAAGGCAUUUUGAUGGUGAAUUUGUUAGACAAAGGCAUUUUAAAUGCAUAUCGAUACUGUGACGUGGAGUCCGUAAUGGUUGAUCCUAGCGAUGACCUUGUCACUAUCAACUUAUUGAAAACUCUCCCUGAUGCUCACAAGUGCUUUAUUUUUGAAACUAGUCAAAAGAAUGAAGUUGCCAAUCUCAUCGCCAGCUAUUCUCCAGCUCAUGCAAAUUGGUUGAGGCCAACGUAUGAAUUAGGAUGGAGGGUAAAACUUACAUUUGAAGAUCGGCAGAAACUUUAUCACGAUGUAAUAAACUGCAGGAGGGCUUUAGUUGAUGUUGGCCUGGUGCGCAAACCACAAGAAGAAAAUAUUGGACUGUUUAGGAGUACAAUUAGGAGAUUUAAUCGAGGAAAGAUGGAAAAGCUGCGACAGGAUCUAGGUGAUAUGGAAGAAAGCUACAAAUCAUUCCGCCAUAGUCAUUGGGCUUUCAGCAAAGUAGCUCUAACCCACAGCCUUAGUAUCGUAAAUGAGCCUGAAAAUGAAGAUACUGCAUUGCAUGUGUUUUCAUCCAUUCUUGCCUACUCAGGAUUACUUGAGCAGGAGGAUGCUGAAUGGCUUGGAGAAAGAGAUCACUUACAGCUUGCCCAAUCUAUUUUGGAUCGAAGUAUGAAAAAAGAAGUGCUCAUGAAUGAACUAUUUUUACAGCUUAUUAAACAGACUACUGAUCAUCCAGAUGCAAAUAGUAGAGUUAAUUUGAGGCAUUGGCAGCUGAUGUCACUAGCAUGUAGCGUUGCAGCUCCUUCUGAUCGUCUCAUCAUUAGCUAUCUCCAUGCUCAUCUUCGUAGGUGUUCGAUUGAUGAAGUCACUGAAGAAGGGCAGUAUGCACAGUUUUCCCUUCGGUGCUUGAUGCGAUCUCUUGAAACUCACGGCCGUAGAUGGCCUCCUUCAAAACAAGAGAUUGGAUGCACCAUAAGCAGGAGGCCCGUGCAUGCUAGAAUCUAUUUCCUGGAUGGGCAGUUCCAGCCUGUAGAAUUUGAUCCCUGUGCCUCAAUGGGAGAAGUUUUGGAGAUGGUACGAGCCAAAAUUGAUUUACGUCCACGAGUGGAGGGGUAUGCAUUGUAUGAAGUUAUUGGUACAAAUGAACGUGCUUUACUGCCAGAGGAGAAAAUAUGUGAUACAAUGGCCAAAUGGGAACGAUAUCAGGAAGGGCAAAGCAAAGUCAAUGCCAAUAGAAAGCAGCAUUUCUUUUUGUUCAAGAAACAUUUGUUCCUUGAUGCUUAUAUUGAUCUGAAUGAUCGAGUUGAAAAAGAACUUCUGUAUCAUCAAAUAGUUCACAAUGUUCGACAUGACAGAUUCCCUGUUACUGAACAAGAAGCAGUUAUGCUUUGUGCUUUGAAAGCCCAGUUAGACGUUGGAGAUUGUCAACAAGGAACAUUAGAUUACAAGCGAGUAAUGUGUGAGUGCCUGCCUCCAAGAAUUAUGAUGCAAAUUUCCCCCGAAGCUGUUGAAACUCAGCAUAGGAUAUUAGCUGGAAUGGAUGUAGAUCAAAGUAAAGCUGGUUUCUUAAUGUUGGUCCAGUCUUGGCCUUUGUACAGAGCUACAAUUUUUGAAGUUAUGCAAUCCUAUACAUCUUCCUGGCCCAAAGCCCUUUGGCUAGCUGUUGAUCAAGUUGGUAUACAUCUUUUGGAGUUGAGAUCUAGAAAUGUGCUUUGCACUUGUGAAUAUGAAAGCAUCAUUAAUUAUAGCCCAUCUUUAAAUAGUCUAAUGAUUGUGACUGGAACAGGUCGAAAAGGAUCCAAAUAUAUAUUUUCGACUAAUCAGGCCACUCAAAUUGCACACCUCAUAAAAGAUUACACCAAUGUGAUAGCCAUAAAACGAAAGCCAGUGGAGGUGGCCCGAAGGCGUCGGACACAAGAGUUGCAUGAUGGCACCCAACACAAGAGUCAUCGUCCAGUCAGCAUUUUGUACAAGCCUCCACCACCUUUAGCAAGCAAUGAACCUAUAUGA